CUGCACUCGUGCGCAGGCGCGGACGGGAGCGCGCACCGAGGAGCUGAGGGAGGGGUCACGAACUCUGACCCCCCCCCAAAUACCCAAACCCAGAAAGCUCCCUGCCCCCAUUUUUUUGGCCCUCCCGCCUUCAGCUUUCUCCAACCUGUCUCUUCCUGGAGCCCCCCCCCCGCCGCCCAGCAGCAGCUGCAGCGGGGCUGUCGUCUACGCCCGGCGAAGGACGUAGCUCGGCGGAGAAGCGCCGGACACUUGGCAAUUAAAUCAUGGCAACCAUAGAAGAAAUUGCACAUCAAAUUAUUGAACAACAGAUGGGAGAGAUUGUUACAGAGCAGCAGACUGGCCAGAAAAUCCAGAUUGUGACAGCACUUGAUCAUAAUACCCAAGGCAAACAGUUCAUUCUGACAAAUCACAGUGGCUCUACUCCAAGCAAAGUCAUUCUGGCCAGGCAAGAUUCUACUCCAGGAAAAGUUUUCCUCACAACCCCAGAUGCAACAGGUGUCAACCAGUUUAUUUUUACAACUCCUGAUUUGUCUGCACAACACCUCCAGCUCUUAACAGAUAAUUCUUCCUCCGAACAAGGACCAAAUAAGGUUUUUGAUCUUUGCGUAGUAUGUGGAGACAAAGCAUCAGGGCGUCAUUAUGGAGCAGUAACUUGUGAAGGCUGCAAAGGAUUUUUUAAAAGAAGUAUCCGAAAAAAUUUAGUUUAUUCAUGUCGAGGAUCAAAGGACUGUAUUAUUAAUAAACACCAUCGAAAUCGUUGUCAAUACUGCAGGUUACAAAGAUGUAUUGCGUUUGGAAUGAAACAAGACUCUGUUCAGUGUGAAAGAAAACCCAUUGAAGUAUCAAGAGAAAAAUCUUCCAACUGUGCCGCUUCAACAGAAAAAAUCUACAUUCGAAAAGACCUUCGAAGCCCAUUAGCUGCAACUCCAACUUUUGUAACAGAUAGUGAAACUGCAAGGUCAGCAGGACUGUUAGAUUCAGGAAUGUUUGUGAAUAUUCAUCAGUCUGGCCUAAAAACUGAGUCAACUAUGCUGAUGACACCAGAUAAGGCUGAAUCAUGUCAGGGAGAUUUAAGUACAUUGGCAAGUGUGGUUACAUCAUUAGCAAACCUUGGAAAAACUAAAGAUCUUUCUCAAAAUAGUAACGAAAUGUCUAUGAUUGAAAGCUUAAGCAAUGGUGAUACCUCUUUGUGUGAAUUUCAUCAAGAAAUGCAGACUAAUGGUGAUGUUUCAAGGGCAUUUGACACUCUUGCAAAAGCAUUGAAUCCUGGAGAGAGCACAGCCUGUCAGAGCUCAGUAGAGGGCAUGGAAGGAAACGUACAUCUAAUUGCUGGAGACUCAAGCAUAAAUUACAUCGAAAAAGAGGGGCCACUUCUCAGCGAUUCACAUGUAGCUUUCAGGCUCACCAUGCCAUCUCCUAUGCCUGAGUACCUGAAUGUGCACUACAUUGGGGAGUCUGCCUCCAGACUGCUGUUCUUAUCAAUGCACUGGGCACUUUCGAUUCCUUCCUUCCAGGCUCUAGGGCAAGAAAACAGUAUAUUAUUGGUGAAAGCCUACUGGAAUGAACUUUUUACUCUUGGUCUUGCCCAGUGCUGGCAAGUGAUGAAUGUAGCAACUAUAUUAGCGACAUUUGUCAAUUGUCUUCACAGUAGCCUUCAACAAGAUAAAAUGUCAACAGAAAGAAGAAAAUUAUUGAUGGAACACAUCUUCAAACUACAGGAGUUUUGUAACAGCAUGGUAAAACUCUGCAUUGAUGGAUAUGAAUAUGCCUACCUGAAGGCAAUAGUACUCUUCAGUCCAGAUCAUCCAGGCCUAGAAAACAUGCAACAGAUUGAGAAAUUUCAGGAAAAGGCUUAUGUGGAAUUCCAAGAUUAUAUAACCAAAACAUAUCCAGAUGACACCUACAGAGUCCUGUUUCUUCAGUGUUUGGUCAUCCUUUUGUUUGUUUGUUCCAUUGUUAAGAAAUCUCUGGUAAGAUUUAUUACAGUACUUUCAGGAAGGGAGGAAUAUGGAAAACAUUUUUCAUAUCCCAGUAUUUUAGGAUGAUUUACAAUUCAGUUUGAAGACUUGCAAAUAUUGCAGUUUGACUAUUCCUUAAAAAUCUUUCUCUCCUGAAAUCUCAGUAAAGUGUAACCACACAAUGACAAAUGAAACAGGAGAGAAGAAAUCAAAGGAUAAGAGAGUUGAAUAAAUUUUUGGAAAACAAAAUGCAGGUAAAGAAAGACUGACUUAACAGAGCCAGAACCAAGGAAACUGAAUGCCUGCAAAAGGUGGUACAUUGAGAAGAAGCCAGUAUACCAAUGUCCAGAAACAACGUUCAGUACCCGGAGGAUCCAAGUGCUCAUUUUCAGAGAUGGUACUUGGGGCAUAAAAAAAGGAUUGGUUGCAAAUCUGUUGACAGAAUCAUUGAACUAUCUUUCUCUAUGCUUACUUAAGUCAGGUGACCAGUUUCUUUCUUUCUUUUUUUUUUUUCUUUUUUUGGCCGCGGCAUGCGGAGUCUUAGUUCUCCCUACCAGGGAUCACAUCCAUGUCCCCUACAGUGGAAAUGCGGAAUCUUAACCACUGGACUGCCAGAGAAGUCCCCAGGUGACCACUUUUAAUCCUUCAGCCUUUUCAAGCAGGAGGCCAGAGGUUAAUAACCUUGAGUAACUAAACCAGAAGAUCAUAGGAUUUAUAGGAUACCAGGGAUAACAGAAGGCUUGGAUUAGAUAGUGUUGAAAAUACGGAUUAAGUGGAAGUCUGCAUUGAAUAUGGGUGCCCUAAGCAUGUUCCCAGAAUGCUGCCUACUGGGUAUAGGCUUCUCUGCCAGGAUUUUUCUCUUUGGAGAAACUAAUCGACCCUAGAGAAAAGAUCUCCAGACACUCGCUUUUGGUUGUGCCUUGAUAAGAAGACUACUUGCCAUUUUAUCACUCUUCAGUGAGUCCCAGUAUUUCCAAGUCAUAUAUGUCAUGAGGUUUCCAUUCAGCUUUCUAGUGCCUACUAUUAAAUAUGAACAUAGAACCAGGAUCAUCAGAUAUUUGAGGAAAAUUUCUAAUACAUAAGAGAUCAGAUAUAAUCUGAUGGGUGGGGGCAGAUACAAUGCAGUGAUCAGUAAAGUACCCCCAAAUAUAAUUAAUAUUUUGAAAGAAAGUAGAUGUAUUCAUUAAAUGAAAACAGGAUGCUUUGAAAAGGAAAAGGAAAAUGUGGAGCAAAUUUUCUGGAAAUUUAAAAUGAUAGCCAAAGCAGUUCAUUAGAAGGGUUGGAAGAUAAAAUUGUUGAGGAACGCACCCUGAAAGUACAGUUGACCUUUGAACAACACAGGUGUUAGGCAUACAACCAACUGCAAAUCCUGUAGUACUAUAGUAUGUAUUUAUUGAAAAAAAUCUGCGUGUAAGUGGACCCACACAGUUGAAACCCGUGUUGUUCAAGGGUUGACUGUAUAACCAAAAGACAAAGAAAUAGAAAAUGAGAAAAGACAAAAUUAGAGAAUCAGAGCAGGAUGGCUAACAUUGUAAUAGUAAGAAUCUAAGAGAAAAGACUUGAAGUAAGGAAAUUAUUAAAUAAUACAAGAAAAGUUCCACAGGACUUGUGCCUCUUAGGUUGAAAGAUUGACCCGUUAAAUGAAAGAAGAUCCAUACCAUUCUUGAAAUCAGAACAGUAUAAUCAAAGAAGAUAAUGUAUUGCUGCUUCUAGCAGUAUUGUGGAAUAGAUACUCUGAAGGCCUCUGAUCUAUUGCUGGGCUCACAAGAAGUGGCAUGAGUUCUCAAAGAAGCUAAGGUUGUUGCAGGUCACGAACCCUCCCUGGUCCUGGCAGAAGCAAAUAAAAAUCUCUGGAGAAAACAUUCAUAAUUUAGAUCAGAGUUUUGCACACUUUUCUGUAAAGGGCCAGGAUGUCAUUAUUUUGACUUUGAGGACCUUACCAUGUCUGAAGCAACUACCCUGCUGUUGUGCAAAAGCAGCUAUAUAGACUAUACAUAAAUGAGUGAGCAUGGCAGUGGUCCAAUAAAACAUUUACAAAAUCAGUGAACUGGACCUGGCCCUUGGGGUGUAGUUUGCUGAACUCUAAUUUAGAACCUCAACUGUCACAGAUUAAGCUCAACCAAAUAUGAGCUCACAAAAUUAUUACACUCACAAGGAAACAAGCCACUUGAGUGAGCCAGCAUAAGCAAUAUAUAUGGACCCUGAAUGAUAAUGUUAGAUAUUGAAAUUGUACAUGAUUAUAACUGCACAUGAUACGUCUUAAGAAGAAAAAAAUGGAAUCAAAAAGUACGCAAGAAACAGGAACAACAAAGAUGACCAAACAGACGUUAAAGCAAGCAGAAGCAACAUUUAGAAAUUUAAAAAAACUUGGUGAAAUCUUAAAAAUCAAUCCAUGGUGAAAGACUAUGCCUUCAACACAUACAUGAUUCAAACCCCUUCCUAAAAGUACAUUGAAGCACAGCCAAGGAUUUUUUUAAGGCAUUAUCUCAUAUACACAAAAAUACUGUGAGAGAAAUGAGAGCCACAAGAUUUUGAAAGCUGGAAAAAAUAUUAGUUGUGAUCAACUCAGCAGACUUAGCUUCAGCUGGUAAAUCUGAGAAGCAACCUGAUUUGCACCCAGUUUGGCAAUACCAAGUGUAGAGUGUGUGGAGCAACCCUUGUACAUUGAUGGUGGCAGUGUCGGUUGAUAACAAUCAUCUCCAGUCACUUUACAUUAUAUAGUAAAGUUUAACAUGCACGUAUCUGUUAUUUGCCCUAGAGAAACUCUUAUGUGUGUAUCAUGAGGCAUACAAAAAUGUUCAUGUUCGCAUUGUAAGAGCAAGAAAACAGCCUGUACUACUUCUGGAGGAGUAGGAGCAGGAUGCAAACAGGGUAGGACACGGGGCUACCAGAGUGUACGUGGUGCUCCAGUUCUCUAUUGCUUUGUAACAAACCACCCCAAAAAGUGGUGGUUUAAAACAACAAAAUGUAUUGUGCUCUAAUCUGCAAGGUCAGAGCUUGGCAGGGACAGCUUAUCUGAUCCAUGCAGCCACAGCUGGGUCAGCUCAGUGGGCAGGGGUUGGAAUCUUUGGAAUCACUCACACAUGUGUCUGGAAGACACGUAGUGGCUAUCUGCUGGGACUUCAGGUCAGUCUAAAACCAGAAGGCUUUCAUAUUGGCUCUGAUUUCUGCAUCAAAGAUGUCACAAAGCUCUGUGCAGAAGUGGCAAACUCCUAGAAGAGUAUGUGGAACCAGAAGUGUUGUAGCCAUUUUUAGAAAAGGAUGUAUCUCGGCAGCCUCACUAGAAGCCCAGUAUAGACAAAGGCUUAUCUUGACAAGAUUUGCUGGUUUGUAUGCCUUUUGUCUAAUGGGGUUGCUUUAUAAAUUGAUACAUAAGAAACUGCAAGAAGUUAAAACAAUUGUGUCACCUUGGGCUAAAAGAUACAGAACAGUGCAAAGUAUAAAGGCUUUCGGACCUUCAAACUUCUGUGGGCAGGAAGAAAGCUGAAAAAACUACUCAGCUACAGACAUGGGCUCCAUUUUGUGAGAAAUGAAGGGUAAUUUCCACAUGGCUUUUGGGGCAAGUGUUGAUAUAGAGAGCCAGUGGAAGCCAGGGAGGUAGAGCUGAGUUUAAAUUCUAGCUGUGUCAUUUUGUAGCCAUAUGAUUUUGUCAUAUUCAUAAUAAAAUACCAUAAACUGGGUGGCUCAUAAACAACAGACAUUUGUUUCCUCACAGUUCUGGAGGCUGCAAGUUCAAGAUCAGGGAGCCAACGUGGUCAGUGAGGUUCUUGUAAAGGCCAGCUUGCAUGUUGCAGACUGCUGACUUCCUGCAGUGUCCUGCCAUGGUGGAAAGGGCUAAGGAGCCUCUUUUAAAAGGCACUACUACCAUUCAUGAGGGUCAGCCCUUAUGACUUAAGUAUCUCUCAAAGGCCCCACCUACUAAUACCAUCACCUUUGGGGGUUAGGAUUUCAGCAUGAACUUUGGGGAGACACAUCCAGACCACAGCACUCAGAAACCAAGCAGCAUUGCUUCCAUAUAAUUUUAUUCAUUGAGGCAGACACAAAGGCCUCCCAAAUUCAGGGGGAAAUAAACUGUUCCUCUUGAUGGGGAAUGGCAAAAUUCUGGAAGAGUAUAGGGAACCAGAAUUUUUUUGCAGCCAUUUUUUAAGAAAAUCUGUUACAGAUAGUAUUAUAUUUUUUAAGCUUGGUUGUACAUUCUUAAGAUUAAAUAGACUUAGACUUUAUUUAUUACUUUUUUUAAAUAAAUGUAUUUUAUUUAUUUA